GUGCAGGAAGGUCACAACAGAAUGCGGAGUUGAAUUUCUGGGCUAUUCAGGCACUUAACGGGGACACCUCGUUGGGUCCUUUUUCACUGCCACGUGUGGGAGAGGCUUGUCGCAGCCUGCUCCCGGCUGAAGCUGCUGCGGAGCCCCUGUCCACUGCUUCAUGUUUUUCUGCCGUUUCAUGGCAAAAAUGGCAACUAACGAUGCAGUUCUGAAGAGACUGGAACAGAAGGGUGCUGAGGCAGAUCAGAUCAUUGAGUAUCUUAAGCAGCAAGUUUCACUUCUUAAGGAGAAAGCAAUUCUGCAGGCCACUUUGCGAGAAGAGAAGAAACUUCGAGUUGAAAAUGCAAAACUGAAGAAAGAAAUUGAAGAACUGAAGCAGGAGCUAAUUCAGGCAGAAAUUCAAAAUGGGGUGAAGCAAAUACCAUUCCCUUCUGGCACUCCACUGCAACCCAAUUCAGCAGCACCUGAAAAUGUGAUCGAAUCAACACCAGUAACAGCUGUGUCUUCUGGUGCCAAAGAACUGAUAAAAGGAGGAGAAGAAAAGAAGAUGAAAGAAAAAAUUGAAAAGAAAGGAGAGAAGAAGGAGAAAAAACAGCAAGCAGUAACAGGAAGUGCUGACUCUAAGCCAAUAGAUGUUUCCCGUCUGGAUCUCCGAAUUGGUUGCAUCAUUACUGCCAGAAAACACCCUGAUGCAGAUUCUUUGUAUGUUGAAGAAAUAGAUGUUGGAGAAUCAGCACCGAGAACAGUUGUCAGUGGCCUGGUGAAUCAUGUUCCUCUCGAUCAGAUGCAAAAUCGGAUGGUGGUUUUACUUUGUAACCUGAAGCCUGCAAAGAUGAGGGGAGUAAUCUCGCAAGCAAUGGUGAUGUGUGCUAGUUCACCAGAGAAAGUUGAAAUCUUGGCUCCGCCUAAUGGGUCUGUACCUGGAGACAGGAUUACUUUUGAUGGCUUCCCAGGAGAGCCUGAUAAGGAGCUGAAUCCUAAGAAGAAGAUUUGGGAGCAGAUCCAGCCUGAUCUUUACACUAACAAUGAAUGUGUGGCCACAUACAAAGGAAGUCCCUUUGAAGUGAAAGGGAAAGGAGUGUGCAGGGCUCAGACCAUGAGCAACAGUGGAAUCAAAUAAAAUACUUCCCUAACUGAAAUAUACUGGAGGGAACUUUAAUAAUAAUAAAAAGUACUAUGUUUGUCACUAGA